AUGCUCGAUGCACAAAUACCAAGGCGGCGCCCACUGCCGGCUGAUGCUCAAAUGUCCUUCUCCCACUCUCGCACCCGCACAACAUCCUCCAACGUAUUCCCAAUACAAGCCCAACACCCGCCAGCCAUGCACCUGGGCCAACCACAACAGCCUUAUGGCCACAACCGCCGCUCUCCUUCCGUAAACACCUUCAGCACCGUCUCCAGCGGUGGAGGGGCCACUGAGCGUGCCCCGCCCCCGGCCGCGUACCGAAACUCCCCUCCCAGCGCCGACAUACGCCGCUCCACUUCCUCCCGCUCAAACGGCUCCGUACAGCCUGUCGGUUACGUUGCCCUCCUGCGGAAACAGAAGGCCACCGUCUGGUGCGACCGCGCACAGUCCGAGGAUCCGUACAUGCUCGCGAAACAGCGACAAGCCAAGGCCAGGGCCCUCCAAACGGUCGGCUCCGCCACAGCGGCCCCAGGCUCGUCCGGCGGUGGUCGUACGUCCACUGGGUUCAGCAGCGCGGGAGGCAAGGUCGUGGGCAAGAUUCGCCACCACGGAAAGCCUGGAGUGGUCGGCUACGCCCCGGACAGCAACUACGUGGGCGUCGGCGGCGUGCCGCUUCGACUUAGUGCUACAGAAGUGGAAGGCGAGGAAAGCGAUGACGACGAACUUGCAUCGCAGCGACUACAUCACCGUAGAACAGGGAGCAGCGGGCGAUCAAGCACGGCGGGCAGUAUUCAGGGGCGAAGGGCGCUCAAUUACCGCUCGUCGACCGGCAGUGGCCUACAGAUGACCGGUGGAGGUUCACAGAACAGCAGGAGGUGGACUGGCAGCGGAGGCGACAACACACCAGAGCGAAGCAGCAGUCUGGUCGAUGGGGCCAUGGCCGAAAAACGGACGAGCGAUGCUGCAAGCGGCAGGAGUGGCAGCAGCGGAGAGCGUGCCGAUGACGUGCCAGACAUGGGGACUGACGCGGCGCGGCUGGCGAGCAACAGCCUGAUACACUCGGCGCUGACGAGGGAAAAGAGUGUCAAGAAUCCGGACGAGCUGCGUAGGAGAGGCAGUGUCGACGAGAGGACAAUGACGCUUACCUCUGGAAGGCUUUUCAUCGCCAACCCUGACUGA